AUGGAAAUUGAAGGUUUUAACUCAAAGGUUAUAAAGGUUCAACAAAUUUUUGAAAUGUAUAGAAGCAAGGUUUUCCCUUCGCCUCUUUCACCAAUAGAAGCGUACAAUUCAUUAAUAUAUGAAAAUAGACCAACUCCUAGACGUACAACCACAACCAUGCUUGGAUUAUUAAAUUUAAUCGUUUCUCAAGAGGCAGAACAAAUCCAAAUUACUAACAAACAAGUUGUUAGUAGGGUUUCUUAUAUCUUGUAUAAAGAAGCUAGUCAAAAUGAAUUACAAGAAUACAAAAAGUUGUCUAUUGCUGUCAACAAUAUUAUUCUUCAUAAAAAUGGUUUUUGA